GCCCUCAAUGGCUUCCUGUUGAUUUUGACAUGUGAUGGGGAGGUCUUUUACGCUUCACAUACAGUCGAAACUUAUCUUGGCUUUCAUCAGUCGGACAUCUGUCAUCAAAGUGUAUAUGAAUUAGUUCAUUCAGAAGAUAGAGAAGAAUUGCAAAGACAUUUAAUAUGGAACUCUCAAUUACCAGCUGAUAGAGGAACGAUUACUUUACAAGAAGUUCUUUUGCCAGAAAAUGCUCAAUAUCUCGAGAGGAAUUUUACGGUCAGAUUUCGCUGCCUCUUAGACAAUACAUCUGGUUUUUUGAGAUUGGAUAUACGAGGGAGGGUAAAAGUUCUUCAUGGUCAAAAUCACAAAACGGAAGACCCACCAUUGGCUUUAUUUGCUGUAUGUACGCCGUUCGGUCCUCCUUCAUUACUGGAGAUGCCACAAAAAGAUUCGAUGUUUAAGAGUAAACAUAAAUUAGAUUUGUCUCUAGUCUCCAUGGACCAAAGGGGAAAACAAGUAUUAGGUUAUUCGGAUGCAGACCUCUCAAAUAAAGGGGGAUACGAUCUAGUCCAUUUUGACGACUUGGCAUAUGUUGCUAGUGCACAUCAGGAAUUGUUAAAAACCGGCGCAUCAGGGUUAAUUGCUUACAGACUAUCGACGAAAGAAGGGCAAUGGCAAUGGCUCCAAACAAGUGCUCGUCUUAUAUACAAAAAUAGCAAACCAGAUUUUAUUUUAUGUACACACAGGCCACUUAUGGAAGAAGAAGGCCGAGAUUUGUUGGGAAAGAGAACAAUGGACUUUAAAGUGACAUAUUUAGAUGGAGGGUUAGGAGCUAUUACCGACCGGAGUGGUCUUUUAUGUGACAGCGAUCUUAUUCUAAGAUGUCAAAGGACGAGAAGGUAUAAAUCCCAAUUUCGAGAACUACUGACAACAUGUAGGAAAAGAAAGAUGCCUGGAGAUCCUUACAUUGACGAAACGAGUUACAAUAAUGUCUACCCUUACCCAGCGGAGAACGCAAAUGGUUUAAGUCCUUAUGCAGCAGCAAUGCCUCAGAACUUUUUUACAGCAGCCAUUGAUAAUACUCGUCUUCUCUCACCCGAAAAUUUAUUCCACUAUCGCCAUUUCGCUGGAGGAUAUUAUCCAGAAUACCAUCCAGCGGCUCAAUACAGCGGCAAUGGUUUCUUAGACAUGACGAGCACUGCCAGGACAUGUUUUCCUACUCCCUAUCCACCCGAUGGUUCUCAAUUAACCAAAGAUGAUAAACUAUAUCCUUGUCAAAUGGACGCUGCUAAAUUUAACGGAGAAUCACCUAGAUUAGUUCAACAAGUCGGUUCGAAACCAUCUUGUUGUGAAGCGUACGUAAAUCCUGCCGAUCCGAGUACCACGUUAAGAGGUUGUAUAAUGGGUACGACUACCGCUGGAUUGCAACCUCUGCUACCACCACUCGAAAGAGAUCCGACAAAACUGAGUGAUCUAAGUUGUCGAAAUUUAAACUUUGGUCUACCUAGUGUUGUGGAAUCGAUUAGUGUGGACUGUGUUAACGUAAUUAAACCGAAAACUACUUCGGCUCUCCCGCCUCAUUUAAGAGAUUCUCCUCAUCUGGCCAAAGAAGAAAAAGAUCACAGUGAUUCUCCUGUUUCUACAUCCUAUUCCAACGAUACCAGGCAGAGUGUUCUUAUGUGGGGUUCUCCUUUAAGUAGGUCGACAGGACAUUCAACAGCGCAUCCGAGUGGGGGGUUGUUUGACAGUAAGUUAAGUAAGUACGGUGACUCCCUCUGUCGGACGACAACAGAACUAACGAGUGUAUCACCUUCUGUUUGUAAAUGGAUGGGACAUGUUGCAACGCCGAAAUCAGCCUCACCUCAUAACAGUACGAGUCCAGCAAGUGGAAAAGUAGCACCUUCAGUCAGUUACAGCAGUACUCCUUAUCCUUCUAUGGGACUCGAAAUAAGGCACCCGGAUUUUGCUUUUUUCAAGUUGCCUUUGCUCAGGCAAGAAAAUGGAAGACCACCUUCAGCGAAGCAAGAUGGAAAUCCAUUAUUAUCAAUCUCUGAAGUGACAAACACUCUUUUAAACCAUGAUUAAACUAUAUUUAGUCAAUGAAGAUGCAAGAUUAUUUCCGAGAACAAUGACUUAAAGGAAUCGAUUGGGGCCUAAGUGGACUUCCCAUCGGAGCACUUAAAUUGAUUGUUUGCUUAUACCGUAGUGUGUAACACGUGUGUGUUUAUGUGUACAAAUAAAACAAUAGAAAAAACUGAGAGAGAACUUGAAGCUUCGAGGAGACUGAACAUUACGCAUUCUCCCAACUUGUGUGGAUUCGUUGUGUGCCCAGUUAACACCAAAAAGAAAAAAAAUUAAAAGAAAAAGUUAGACUGAUUCAAAACUAAGGUUAAAAAAUAAAUAAAUAAUAAUAAUAAUAUGCUCAACAUUUCGACAGAGUGGGCCAUUAAUAUAUCACGCUUCACAUUCUCUUUGUUUUGUGUGUGUACAGAAUUGGACCAUAACGCGUAUAUUUGUCACAUGGGAUGUCAGGUUGUCUUCGGGAGGAUUGAAAGAUCUAGUCUUUUCUUAACGUUUUAUCAAAAAUGCCCUUAAACAAUUGUUUAAUAGAAAUAAAUCAAUAAGUUAUAUAUUUUUGAAACAGAUAAACCGAAAUUAAAUAUUAUUUUUGAAAAAUUGGAUUUAGAGUGCUUUUUGCCUAUGUUUAUAUUUGCCAAGUUAUUCUUAAAAUUUCAUUUAUAUUUUAUGAAACUAUUAAAAAAAUGAAAUAUAUUAUUCGAAAACGAAAAGACUAGUUCUACAGUCCUUAAAAAUUAUGAAGAAAUAACUAUCUCUUUCGAAAUACCUAAAAGAAAGAAUAACGAGUUGUUUCUCAUAUUUGAAUCGUCUCAUCUCUAUUCACUCAUUUUUCAACAUUGUUGUGUAUCAUUCAGACGGAAUACAUCACUAUGUUGGCACAUAUCAAUCAGCACACUGCUACAAAUAUAUUGGGAUUAUUACACCAACAAUUUGUUGAAUAAAAUCACUUUUCAAUCUA